AUGGAUCGGAUAUUCGUUUCGGUAGGGGUUUCAACUAAAUGUUUGGUUUUGGGGGGGUUUAAGCGAUCUGAAUAUUUAGAGGGUCUAACCCAAUGGAUUUUAACGGGAAAGUCCAAUCGGACUGUUAAAGAGAUUAAAAAAGAUACUAGUCCAACGGUUAAGAAGUGUCGGCUAUCUGCUUAUGAUAAUCCGCGUACAAUUACUGCUCUUAAUCGCUGUCGUAUAGUAGUGCUAGUACCCAAUAUAGGACUAGUGGAAGAACUAGUUAGAAGGUUAGUAUUGGGUAAGUCUUCUGAGCUGACUGAAGAUAUGGAAACAGAUCAGUCUUUUUGGGGUAAUCCUGGAGAUGACUUUAUCAUUGGCUUAGGUCGAGUUGAAGAUCAUUUUACUGAGCGUAGCUUAUUUGGAGCCGAAGUAAUUAUUAGUACGACUAAGGCCUUAGUUGAUUUAGAUAACAAUAAGAUAGAUAGUUCUCAAUAUCUUAUCAAGAAUGAAGCAGAGUUAGAAGGUUUUGAACGUAAGGCCAAAAUAGAAAUGGGAGUUUACUCUUUCCUCUCUAGUGCAGAAACAGUCUUUCUUCUGGAAGCCGAUCUUAUGCAAGCUCAGAACAUCAAAGGCCUAACUGAGUCUUUACAAAUCAUUCAAGAUGCUACUCCUUCUAAGCGGCAGGAAAUGAAUCUUAAGUACUUAAGUAGUGGUGAAGAGAGAAAGCAGUUCAUUAUGUGUACUAAUCUACCUACACCAGAAGUACUUGGUUUAGGUCGGCAGUUUGGUCAUGAGAUGCAAGUUAUAAUGGGUCGAUCGGCUAAACCUACUAAGUCUUACAAGUAUCCUCUAAAGAUUCUUAAUGGUGCUCAGAAAGACCCUAUUCAAGUAGCUGCUCAUUACAUCUCUACUUUACCCGAUAGUGUUACUCGUUUACUAGUUGUAGUUAAAGAUGCCUUAGCAGCUAGUGCUCUUAAGAAGACUUUAGAAGAGUCAGCUCUAUUGGGUUUAACUGGGAUAUUCAUUGCGGAUGAACAUGUUCCUCGUAAUCAAGUGAAGGAAAUGAUAGGAUCUCCUAAGAUAAGAAUUUGGAUUACUACAGAACGGUUUGUGUUUUAUAGAAGAAAACGUCUUCACCAACUUCUCUAUCCUUUUAUUCCCACCCUGGGCUUAUCUCCUUAUGUUUGUCAUCCUAGUACUUUGCGUUUAAUCAAUGCACAUAAGGUUCCAUUUACUUUACUAUAUAACCAAGACGAACAAUACUUAACUAGUGCUUUAUUAAGGAAGUCUUUUGAUCCUAAGGUGGACUUUGAGUAUCUAGAUUUCAUAACGGCUAAUCAGCCGAAUGAGCUUAUAUAA